CGUAGUAAUUCUGGUUUCACCUAUUCUUUAGCUAACGAAAUUGCAGCUACUUAGAGUAUCAUGAUUUUCAAUCAACUGUAUAACUAUCAGGCAUCAAGGGAUCAUGUAGAGUUUCACAUUUCCCGUUCCUUGUCAAUUCUGUCACGUUUCUGAUCUACAUUGGGAUCAUGGCUGACGAUCUAGCAGUCGAAGCCAAAGAAGCAGCAAUGCGUGAGGUUGCCAAACUGUUGCCAACUCAAGAGAUACUUGCGUCCAUUGCUUCAAUCAAGGCAGACUAUAUUACUCGUCAACAGGCUAACGAUGCACAACUUAGUGCAAUGGUUGCUGAACAGGUCGAAAAGGCACAUGCUGGUCUGGACUCACUAUCUUUGUCUCAGAAUACAGUAAAUCAGCUCCGUGAGAAUUUUGCCACUAUUCAGAAGCUCUGUCAAGAAUGCCAAACAUUAAUUGAAAAUCAUGACCAGAUAAAGCUACUUAGCAAUGCAAGGAAUAACUUGAAUACAACUUUGAAGGAUAUAGGUGGAAUGAUGUCCAUAUCUGUUGAAGCUGCUGCAGCAAGUGAUUCUUUGAAAAAUGACAAGGAACUCAUAAACACAUACGAGAGGUUAACAGCUCUUGAUGGAAAGCGGAGAUUUGCAUUAGCUGCAGCAUCAUCACACAAGGAAGAAGUUGGUAGACUAAGCGAGUACUUUGAAGACGUAGAUCGUACUUGGGAGUCAUUUGACAAGAUAUUGUGGGGUCAUAUAUCCAACUUCUUCACACUUGCUAAAGAAAGCCCACAAACACUUGUUCGUGCUUUGAGCGUUGUUGAGAUGCAAGAAAUACUCGAUCAACAACUUGCUGAGGAAGCUGUUGAGGCUGAAGGAGAUGGUGCAAUGGCAUCACUUGCUAGUACUCGUGGUGCUUCCAAAAGAUUUACUUCAUCAAUGACCUCAUCUAGAAAUCUUACUAAACAGAAGCAGAAAGUAGGAAAAUGCUACAAAGAUAGGUGUUACGACGAAAUAAGAAAGUCUGUGGAAGCACGGUUUAAUAUACUGCUUACAGAACUAGGGUUCGAAGAUCUAAAAGCAGCCAUAGAGGAGGCUAAAGCGAUUGGGGAAGAACUUGGAGAUGUGUAUGAUUAUGUGGCUCCCUGUUUCCCUCCAAGGUAUGAAAUUUUUCAGCUUUUGGUAAAUCUCUAUACUGAGAGGUUUAUUCAGUGGUUGAGACUCCUUAGUGACCGGCCAGAUGAUCUGACAAAUAUAGAAAUUUUAAAGAUAACCGGUUGGAUUGUUGAAUACCAAGAAAGUCUAAUUGAACUUGGUGUUGAUGAGACUUUAGCUCAAGUUUGUUCUGAAAGUGGUUCUAUGGAUCCCCUGAUGGACGCUUAUGUUGAAAGAAUGCAAGCCACAAUGAAGAAAUGGUACUUAAAUAUACUUGAAGCUGAUAAGGUACAGCCACCGAGAGCGACAGAUGAGGGGAGGCUAUAUACGCCAGCUGCUGUUGAUUUGUUUAGAAUACUUGGAGAGCAAGUUCAAAUUGUUCGAGACAAUAGCACGGAUCUCAUGUUAUAUAGAACUGCUUUGGCUAUUAUUGAGGUUCUGGAUGAUUUUCAAGCAGCUCAAAGGAAAAGACUGGAGGAACCUGCUUCUGAAAUUGGUCUAGAACCUCUGUGUGCUAUGAUUAAUAACAAUCUUCGCUGUUAUGAUCUUUCAAUGGAGCUAAGUACUAGCACAAUUGAAGCUCUCCCUGAGAAUUAUGCUGAACAGGUCAACUUUGAAGACUCCUGCAAAGGGUUCUUAGAGGUGACCAAGGAAGGUGUGCAUCAGACAGUACUUGUUAUUUUUGAAGAUCCAGGAGUGCAGGAGUUGCUUGUGAAGCUGUAUCAUAAAGAAUGGUUUGAAGGACAAGUUACCGAGUACCUAAUUGCAACAUUUGGUGAUUACUUCUCUGAUAUAAAGAUGUUUAUUGAAGAACGAUCAUUUAGGCGAUUUGUUGAGUCUUGUUUGGAGGAAACGGUGAUCAUUUACGUUGACCAUCUACUGACUCAGAAAAAUUACAUCAAGGAAGAAACCAUUGAACGGAUGGGGUUAGAUGAAGAGCUUCUUUCGGAAUUCUUUCGGGAAUAUAUAACUGCUUCUAAAGUGGAAAACAGACUACGCACGCUGACUGAAUUAAGAGAUCUUGCUUCAUCAGAAAGUCCUGAUUCUUUCACCCUCGUCUAUACAAAUAUCCUUGAAACUCAACCUGAUUGUCCUCCUGAUGUUGUUGAAAAAAUUGUGGGACUGCGAGAAGGGAUUCCUCGUAAAGAUGCGAAAGAGGUUGUGCAAGAGUGCAAAGAAAUAUACGAAAAUAGUCUUAUUGAUGGAGAACCUCCAAAGAGGGGUUUCGUAUAUUCGAAGAUAAAGUGUUUACAACAACAUAAAGGAUAUCUGUGGCGAAACUUUAAGUAGCAGACAGGCAGACAAUUUUGAUUACGGGCUAUUUCUAUGUGUAUUUUGAGUGUUGCUAUUGUUGGUUUCCAAAUUCAAAUUUGAGCACGGUGUUAAAUCUCUCUUUGAAUGUUUUUUUCUUUUUCGGCAUUUGCCCUUCGGGAAUCUACAGUCUUUAACCUCUUAAAAAUUAUGGAUUUGGUUUGUAAUAUUGGAUUCAGUUGAAGAAAUA